GCGAAGAAGAAGACCCGGAAGAAACAAUGGCGACAUCCGUCUUUCUUUCAAAGCUUGAGCUAUUAAAGCAAGGCGCAGAAGCCAGAAUAUACCGGACUGUGUUUCUGGGAAAGCCGACUAUUGUGAAAGAAAGGUUCCGAAAACGUUACAGACACCCUCUGUUGGACGAAAAACUAACACACCGUCGGACGGUGCAAGAGGUUCGUUCCAUUCUGCGCUGCCGGAGAGCAGGCAUAUCCACCCCUGUAGUCUACUUUGUGGACUACACCUCCCACUGCAUCUUCUUAGAGGAAAUAGUGGGAUCCUCGACCGUGCGCGACCACAUUGCUUCCGCUCAGCUGUCUGGUUCCUCCUGUCCUCAUGUGGAGCUGGAGCACCUGGCUGAGAAGAUGGGCAACAUCCUGGCCAAAAUGCAUGAUGAGGACAUCAUCCAUGGUGACUUGACCACCUCCAACAUGCUGCUGAGGUGUCCACCAGAAGAUGGAGAGUCGGACUUAGUCCUCAUCGACUUUGGUUUAAGUUCCAUGUCAGCUCUGCCGGAGGAUAAGGGGGUAGAUCUGUAUGUGCUAGAGAAAGCUUUUCUCAGUACCCAUCCCAACACAGAGGCACUGUUUGAGAAGCUACUGAAGAGCUACACAGCCUCAUCCAAAAAAUCAGCAGCAGUCAUUAAAAAGCUUGAUGAAGUUCGUUCGAGAGGGAGAAAGCGGUCUAUGGUGGGAUGAAAGGCUUCAACUCCAAAAUGUUUUUGGGAUCAGUUUAUCAGCGCUCGUUAUAAAAUUGAGUAUUUUGUCAAUUGAAUUGUGUGGAACAAUGCUGACAAGAAUUCAGUCAAUUGUUUGGAAUUUUUUCAUGAAUGAAUGGCAUGAGUUAGCGGUGCACUACUGGGCUGCAACCAGCAGAGGUCCUGUUGAUUCAGUCUCACUUGUUUGCAGUUAGUAUAACAUGACAUCACCUGGAAGAAGCUAAGCUGCAGUCACACAGUCUUACUCCAUGGCACAACUCCUCCAUACUGCAUGAUUCUGUUCAAUACAACACUGGCAUCCAAACAGAUCAGACGGUGUCAGAUUCAAUCUUUUGAAAACUAGCAGAUAAGCGAUAUGGCAAACGGAUGGCUAAUUCGCCGUCGCUGAUCAAGGAAUUUCUCAUGUCUAAUGUAAUCAGAUGCAGAUUUGGGUGCUGGCCUGUGCAAAGUGUUAUUUUCAGUUUGAGUCCUUGUUUAGGAGAUAAACACCUCCCUUCCGCUGUAAAGUACUGUAAAAAUCCACCAUUAAAAAUAUUUGGACACUUAGUAGAAGCUUGUUGAC